GGUAUCAUUCAUAUCAAUAUCCUCGAUCUGGUAGUUUUUUUCAGAUCCUUCUUUCUCGUGAGAUAUAUAUUAUAUAUCUAGACGAAUACCAAGAAGGAAAAGAGCGGAAAGAAACAAAAAUAAUCAAAAUUCGGACCUCCGUACGACGGUCCCUUCGCCCAAGCUGGAAUCGUACGCAAGUCCGCCGCUGUCGCCCCCAGCGCUGUGGUCCCCUGACCUCGAUCCGUCGUGUAGAGGCAUCUUGUGGGACCCGCUGAGUGGUAUGGAUGGCGACACCCGACGCAUGAAACACAAUGACGAUUCCCGUUUCCCGGCCAGGUCGGCCAUGUCCCGUCGCGGCCGUUCUGGCCAUCCGGCCAGUGCUGCGCACUCUGAGCGCUUCCGACAGUCCGUCUUGCAACCCGCACGUGGGGACCCUGCAUCGCUGUCACAAGCCGCCGCCCGGCCUCGAAUGUCCACCUACAUGGACUACCAAUACGCGGACGGCGCCUUCCCGGGGCCGUCCUUGCAAGGGGGAGCGGAUCUGCCACAGUUUCCGCCCGCUCUGCGCGACCCCCAGCGCCAGCCCCAGCCCCAGCACCAGCACCCCCAACAACUGUCCUUCGCCCCUUACGAGCCCGACAUGGUCUACAACAUCCCCCAACAGGGCUCCGCACAGGGGCCGUACGAGGUCGUGCCACCCUACCAAGGACGGCCGUCUGCAGCUAUGGACGACCUGACCGGCCAAUUUGGCGUUCCACAAUACUUCCCUUCUAAUGAACCGACCGGUCCCGGGGUGCCUCCCGGCGUGGGAUCCCCGUACCUCACCUCGCCGCUCCAUUCUUCUUAUAACCCGUCUGGUCCCAUUGGCCGCUCGACUGCAUCCCAACCCUUCCCCACCACCAUGGCGGAGAUCAACCCAAUGGCCAGCGGAGGCUCCUCAUCCACCUCGCAACCGCCACCGCCCCCACCCCAACACCGCCCGCCACCAUCCCAGCAACCACCGCAACCACCGCCGCAGGAUGCGACGGACCGGCCGAAUCUAAACGAGGCCUAUGCGCAAUUUCAGCAAGCAUUACGAGAGACCUUUGAUCAUACGCGCGCCGGCCGGCUGGUCGAGGCUAGUCGAUCCUUGUUGGAAAUUUCCGAGUGGCUAGUGACCAAUGCACCGGGACUGGAUCGGGCUGUAGGGAUCUUACGUGACGAUCAGGUACUUUAUGCGGAUCGACUCCAGCUGUGGAAUGAUUUCAACAUCUGCUGGCUGGCGAUUUGUCAGAAGCAGAAAGACCUGAUUCAGGAAAUGCUGCAGUCCGGUCGCCGCCCGCCCCACGUCAGUUUACUGAGCGGGGACACUUUGGAAAGUUUGGGCAACGAGUUGAUUCAACUUUGCGACCGGAUCGAAUCGCACGGGCUGGUUGAUUACCAGAUGGGUAUUUGGGAAGAGGAAAUUCUUAGUGUCCUGGAACAGUGCCUCGAUCUCAUGGAGAACCAAACCGGAAUGUUGCACACUCACACGACUACCGCCCCCCCCACAGCGGCCUAAUCCGAUGGCCUCCUUUUUUCUUUUCUUUUUGAGUCAUUUUUUCUUUCCAGUUCAGCUCGCUGAUCCCCCUACCCGGAAUGGCACCGUACGGAAGCGCCCAUCGUUCCGGACAUCCUCCGUACUUCUGCAGUGGGUUCGGGUUCAGGUCAGGUAUGGGGCUAAUUUAGUCCUUGUUUUUGAUCGAGUGGUGGUC